AUGAAGACCACCUCCCUCCUCUCCAUCCUCUUCAGCGCGCUCGCCGUCGCGCACCCCCUCGCCGCCUCCCCCCCCUCCCCCCCUUCCGACGGCUGCUUCGUAACGCAAGAGCUGCGGUCGACGCUCUCAGGCACAUUCACACUGCAGCUGCAGCCACACCCCUUCCACACCUCCACCUCCCCCGCCCCCUCCCCCUCCCCCGCAUGGACCUCCGCGCAGCCCAGCUUCGUCAAGUCCGCGGACGGCUGGGAGUACGGCGUGCACGCCAAGGGCGCAAAGAUGCGGCUCACGCUGACGGACGGGGUGCUGGCGAACGAGAAGCGCGGUGUCGCGGUUACGCUGGAGCCUAGGGGCCGGCCGAGGUGGCUAAGGGUCGCGUUUAGCAAGAAUACGGCAAAUGAGCACCGCGGCGUCUAUCAGGCGCAGAGGAUGUGCAUUGGUGGAAAGGGCGUUACCACGGUGGGGCCGAAUGAGGGGAGAGUGUUCUGUGUCGUCGCCGAUGAGCGCAGGAAGGGCGACUGGACGCUGUGGACGAAGCCUAGCGAUCAGGAGGACGAGUGUGUGGUCGUCGCGGCGGUCGUGAAGAUGGCGUAAGCUACUUGGGAUUUAUCAGGGUUUAUUGGGAUCGGUACUUAAUAUUAAUGUUAAAUUGUUAAUCGAUUAACUAUGGGAUUACAUAUGGGAUUAUUUCGAACAACGAGAGAAAAUAUGUUGGGUGCUCUCAGAAGUCAGAAUAGCGCCCAUGUGCCCAUUUGUGCGGGUGCGAACACCAGCGAGACUUGGAAGAGAU